GCAAGGAGGUCGCUUCGCACCCAUAGACAGUUUGUGCCGGUUUGCGCCUCCUCCUCCUGCUUUGAUAUUGACGCCAUAGCGACGAGUACAUCUCGCUGCGAAGGGCAAGCAGCAUCAUUUCGCGCCUCUUCUCCUGCUGGCCAGAGCGUGCACACAUCAGUCAGAGUGCAGACCAGACCGCCGGAAGCUGGACUGAGUCAUCGGACUGAAUUUGGCAAUGGUCCUUGGAACCUUGGCAGAGCAUUCAAUCCCCUUUUCUAUAGCUCCUGUAAUUGUUGACCUUGCCCAGACCCUUUCCUUGGAUAAACCAGCUUUGCAGGGAAUGAAGCUGUCACGGACGGCAGCUUCAUACAAGAUGAUCCAUGGUUUAGGGCGGACCUACUCUGAGAGGAUCUUUUCCAACAUGAGGAGAUUUCCGUUUUCAUUAAAUGUAGAUGAGAGCACCUCCAACAACAACAAAAAGAUCCUCUCCAUGCUGGUUUGCUAUUAUCAUGCAGACUUGAGGAAGGUGAUGGUGGAGCAUUUGGGGUCCUUGGAGAUUUUGAACGUUAAUGCUGCUUCAUUGGAGAAGGUGCUCUGUGAAUUCUUUCUGAAAAACAACAUCCCGUGGCAGAACCUUGUGAGUAUGUUGAUGGACUCAUGUGCUGUGAUGAGGGGCAGCAAGACCGGCCUCGAGACCAGGAUCCACCAAUAUUGUCCCAACCUGCUGGAUGUUGAUGGAGACUCCUGCCGUCAUAUUCACAAUGCUGCAAAAAAAUUCUCAGAGCCCUUUGACAGCUACUUGGAGAAGCUGUUCAGUGAUCUCCAGGUUGACCAUCAGUGGAGUCCAGACCAGGUAAUGUACCUCGAGGAGAUAGCCAUGAUAUUAAAUCUCCCCGCCUCCAGCACACAGAGGGGCUUUGUUCCUCAUCGCUGGCUGUCUGCAUAUGAUGCCAGCGUGGCAACCCAUGCCAUGACGCCUGCGUACAAAGUCCUCUAUUAUGGAUACCUCUCCACUGUGGAUAAGGAGCUGUAUAGGGAGCCUUUGGAAUUGAUGUACACCAAGUACCAUGUCAAUCUGACUGCAAGAGCCAGAAUCAAGAAGGUUCAGGAGAAACUCAGCAGGAAAGGCAUGACCCCACAAGGCCGUGAGAGAAAAAGGAGGGUAUGUCAGAAGUUGUGGCAUGAGGAGACGACAGUCCUACGGCUCAGCAUCUACAUGGGUGUUCUUGCUAUUCUCAAAGAGUAUGUCAUGGUUUUCCAGGGUAGCCAGACAUUGGUGCACAAACUUCAUGAUCGGCAGCUUGAGCUGUUCCUGGCCUACUUGGCUUGCUUUGUGAAGGCCGAACAGAUUACUGAGCUGUCUCCCAGGGCUCUUAGGGAGUUGGUCCUGGAGGAUCAUAUGCUGCUGCCCUCCAGGGAUGUAUAUGGGGGACAGGAAGCUGAUAAGUUCAGAAGCCAGAAUCCCAAACAUGCUCUGUUGGUGCCAUUCCUAGUGAAGUUAGAAAAGCCUACAUAACCACUGCAGUGUACCUUCAGAAGAAGCUCCCCUUGGCCAGUCCAACCCUGACAGCCCUGUCUGCUCUGGACCCUCUUCUGAGAGGCCACUCACAGGCAGUGAUCCAGUUUAAGAGGCUGAGUGGUAUGCUGGGGCACCUCUUGCCAGCAGACCAGGAUAUCCAGAGGGAACUUGUGCGGUUCAGUGUUGACCUGACCAUCCCCAGCUUCAAGGAGGGAGAGAGCAUCGUGGAGUUGUGGGGUCAUGUCUUCGA